CAUUCACUCCAUGUUCGGAAAAGCGGAGCUAUGAUUCAAAAGGAUAUCUUUUGAUUGUGUUUGUGAUUAUUACUCUUUAUGAUAACAUAUUUUGUGUAUUUAUAAUAAAUUGAAAGAUAUUACAAUUAUAUUGCACUAAUCAGUAGUGAUGGAGGAUGAUAUAGAAGUGGACCCCCGGCCGGCGAGCGCGCGCCGCACGCUGAUGCGGAACGGGGCGGCGCGGCAGGUGGCUGUCAACUUCAUGCCUUCUAGGCAACUCACUUGCAAUACAUUGCGCAUACGCCGCAACAACUCGGAGCACAAUGCGCUACUCGACGACGUGAUGGACGCGGCGGCGGCGGGCUCCGGCGCUGGGGACAAGGUGGACGCGGCGGACCGGCAGGCGGACAUCAUCGUCAGGGAAAUGGAGCAGCACCAGCGGCUCAUGGAGGACUCGCCUGAUGCUGAGGAGCUGAGGAGGGAAGCCCUCAGAGAGCUGCCGGAAGGCCUGACGAUGAAGAGGCACGUCCGCGCGAAGCUGUCCGCCUCGGUGAGCCUCCGAUCCAAGAGACGACCGUUAUCCUGUACCAAGCGGUUGAAGUACAGACUCAGUUUUGCUUGGAAACGGACUAAAGACCGCCUCCGCGACAUGAUAUUCUCGAUCGAGCUGUGGUAUGAAGCGAUCAGGAACAUCGAGGGUCACUUCGGUUCGGCGGUGGGGUCGUACUUCUACCUGGUGCGGUGGAUGUUCGCUCUGAAUGUGGCGCUGGCGACGAUGCUGGUGGCGUUCGUGGUGGUACCACAGGCGCUACACGACAGGCACAUGAAUACCACGCUGUCUGAUCAUCGGGGGUUCUUGGACUUCAUUGGUGGAACGGGUUGGUUGGAAGACUCGCUGUUGUUCUACGGGCACUACCACCACGACGACACCUCGCCGGGCCGGCUGCGGUACCACAUGCCAUUCGCUUACUUCUUCACCCUGCUCUGCGUGUACCUCGUCAUGUUCGCCGUGCUUUGCUACAGGACGGCGUAUUCGUACCGUCGCAACUUCAUCGAGACCGCUGGCGGACUGAGCCACGUGUUCGCGAGCAAGGUGUUCUGCGGCUGGGACUUCGGCAUCGUGUCGCACCACGCCGCCGCGCUCACCGCCAACAGCAUUUACAACGAGUUCAAGGAGCUGCUGAGCGAGCAGUACAAGAAGAAGUCGUCGCGCGGGUGGUGCGCCCGCGCCGGCCGGCUGGCGCGCGACGCGCUGGUGUGGGCGGCGCUGCUGGCGCUGCUCGGCGCCGUGCUCUACGGCCUCUGGCUGCUGCUGGGGCUGACCACCACUAUACACCACUACCACCUGCUGGUGUCCGCUGCCAUCACCGCCGUGCUCACUGUCUGCCCGCUCGUAUUUCAUCUUGCUGCUAAGCUGGAGUCGUACUCGUCCCGCACGGUGCUGUACGUGACGCUGGGCCGCACGUGGCUGCUGGACGCCGCCACGCUCGUGCUGCUGCUGGUGUACUGGGCGCGCUCCAACGAACAGUGUUGGGAAACACGUUUCGGUCAGGAGGCCUACCGACUCGUGUUAAUGGACGCGGUGAUCUCCUUAGUUGUGUUGCCGAUUGUUGAGUUUGUUAGAGCUUUGGUUUAUAAACUAAACCCGAACACGUCGCCGCCCGAGUUCAACAUAGCCUACAACUCGCUGACGCUGAUCUACAACCAGACGGUGGUGUGGUUCGGGAUGGUGUUCGCGCCGCUGGUGGUGGUGGCGGUGGUGGUGAAGCUGCUGGUGCUGUUCUACGUGAAGCGCGAGUGCGCGAUGAGGGCCUGCCAGCCCGCCAGGAAGGUGUGGCGCGCUGCGCAGACGCAAACGGUGCUGUACAUGCUCAUCACCCUGUCUCUGUUCGUGGCCCUGUUUAGUCUCGGCACUACAUUCUUAGGUUCAGAGUCUCGUUGCGGCGCGUUCUCGUCAUACUCGUCGGUAGUGGGCGUGCUGACCGUGGGCGCGUUGCGGUUGCACGAGCGCGAGGCGGCGCGGCGCGUGCUCGCGUUCCUGCUGCGACCUGGCUUCAUCGCCUUUCUGUUGCUCUUCCUCAGCGUGUCGGUGUACUACGUGCGUGCGCGCGCGCGGGCGCAGGCGAGCGUGGUGCGCAUCCUGCGCCGCAUGCUGCUGCUGCAGGCCAAGGACAAGGACUUCCUGCUCGACGCCAUCGCCAAGGUCUCCAACGGAGAAUGGUUGUACAGUCCGAAGGCGGCUCACGAAGAGGGCCCCGACAGUCACACGUGGAAGUACCUGCGUGAGGUGCGCAAGCCUUCCAACUCGGGCUUCCACCUGGAGGGGCCGCGCGCCAACCACUCGCUGCUCGAGGGCCGCCCGCGCUCCUACGCGAAGGACAGCCGCCCCACCUCCCGGUACAAGGAGGGGACCGCUCGCGACGACGGGGACACCGACAGCUCCUUCAGUUGGCAGGGUUCAGCUCAUGGAGUUAACCAAUGAAUUUAUAUCCACGAAGAUUUUUCUAAUGCAUUUAUACUCUUAGUUAAAUUACUUCCUGCUUUUUAUACGUGAACCAGGAAAGUCAGAUUCUCGGUUACCGGGAAUAAUUAUUUUUUAUAUAUAAACGUUGUCAAUUGUAAUUUAGAUAGUGUUUGAGGUGUGAUAGGCACUAUUCUGUAUAAAUAAAAUGAACCUAACCAAAGAGGCCUUUAAUGGUAACAUCAUGAGAUAAUUGAAUGGUAAUGUAUAGCAGUGGCGGAGGGUAGCAUUUUCCAAAAAGGAAACCGACACAACAUAAACGUACUACUAAUAUGCAUAAAUGCGAUUUGCAAAUCGUUUAAUCGAAUUAAUGGAAUGUUUGUCUAAAUUCAGCUCAAUAUCCUAUGGUGCUAAAUACAAAUAAGGAUACUGUAGAACAGAAAAUGCAAGUGGAUAUAAUAUGUGUUUGGAUUUAGACGUAUGAUAAUAAGAAUACAUAAAAAUAAUGGAAUUCUGUUGUUGUAUUAGUGACGAAUCUGCUACAAGCAGGAAGCCCACUGGCUAAGUAAUUAUUAUGUUAACGCCUUGUAAUAUAUUAUUCAAAAGGAAUUAUUAUUGUAACUGUUUUUAUAGGCUAAUGUGUAUGUGUAUUUGCAGAGCUUUAUUGUGGGGGGCACGCAGUACCCUCAAAGUAAAUUUCGAAACUAUUGAAAAAAUUGCCAUUCAAAAUACAGGAAGGCGUAUAAAAAAAUUAUUGAUCCACAACUAUCGCGAAUUAGCGUGCCCACAAAAAAUAAGUGACAAAGGUCUGUCUAUAUGUAUGCUGAACUUUAUGCGUUUAUUGUAUUGAUUGAAGAAUACGCUAAAACGCUUAGCGUAGUGUCUCGCUCAUUGCGUAGAUACUUUUUUUUUCUGGUGCAUCCAGUAAGGCACUGUGAGAUAAUUCUCGCGGCCGCUGAAAGACGUAGCGUCUUGCUGAUCCUCAUUGUUUAUAACUGUAUUACACUUUAAGAUCUAGUAUAAUGCUAAUAUAAAAAUAUUUGCGUAUACAUCACUGUCAAUUAUUUAUAUAAAUGUGUAUACGUUAUACUUUACCAAUAAACGUUUUAAUCAGUA